UCAGCAAUCACUAGUUUUUAAAGAGAGAGGAAGAAAAAAAAUAAAAAGGAAAAAGACAAAAAUUAAUCUUGGCUUUUAGAUAUUAAGGUGAGAAGAAAAAGAACUGAUUCGAUUUGGUGUUAUUGUUGGGUUGAAGAGGCAGUAGUCACUUUGUAUGUGUGUCUGUGUUUUUAUUGGCCAUCGCCAUCAUCAUUGUCCAUUUUUUUGCUCGAGAUUCAAAUCAGUGUGUCUGCACGCAGACACGGCGCACUGUAGCAGCCCCCCCCCCCUCCCCCCCCCGUUCGAUCGAUCGAUUGAUUUCCCGAUCUCUUCUUUUGAAGGUUUGUCUGAAUUUUUGUUGGGGUUUUGGGGAAAGUCACUUUUUGGGGGAAGUUCAGAGUUGAAAAGACUCGACCUUUAGAAGAAAGGGGUUUGUGUUUGUUGUUUGUGGGUUUUCUUGAAUUUGGGGGAAAAAAAUUUUUGAACCACCAUGACUGUCGAGAAAAUUAGGGCUGACGAGAAUUGUGGCAAUUUCCCUGUCGGGAUGCGUGUUCUCGCCGUCGAUGAUGACCCAAUUUGUCUGAAAUUGCUCGAAACCCUUCUCAGGAAAUGCCAAUAUCACGUAACAACGACGCAGCAGGCGAGAAUGGCGCUGAAAAUGCUCCGGGAGAAUAAGGAUCGAUUCGAUUUGGUUAUCAGCGAUGUCCAUAUGCCGGACAUGGAUGGAUUCAAGCUGUUGGAACUCGUCGGCCUCGAAAUGGAUUUACCUGUCAUUAUGUUGUCUGCAAAUAGCGAUCCGAAACUUGUCCUGAAAGGAGUCGAUCACGGCGCCUGCGACUAUUUGGUGAAACCUGUUCGGAUCGAAGAGCUGAGGAACAUUUUCCAGCAUGUGAUCCGCAGGAGGAAAUUCGACUCGAAGAAUCAAACGAAAUCCAACGAACAAGUUAAGGGAAAUGAUUCGAGCGGAGAGGGUCACGGAUCGCCUGUGGGAUGUAAUUCCGAUCAGAACGGGAAAUUUAAUCGGAAGAGGAAAGAAGAGGAAGACGAGAACGACGAGAACGGGAACGAUGGUGAAGAUCCCGCCACGCAGAAGAAGCCUCGCGUCGUCUGGUCGAUCGAGCUUCACAGGAAGUUCGUCGCUGCGGUUAAUCAAUUGGGAAUCGAAAAGGCUGUUCCGAAAAGGAUUCUCGACCUGAUGAACGUCGAAGGACUUACGCGCGAAAACGUCGCGAGCCAUCUCCAGAAGUAUCGACUUUAUUUGAAAAGAAUCAGCUCCGUUGCGACCCAGCAAGCGAACAUGGCGGCUGCGCUUGGGGUGAAGGACCCGUUUAUGCGUAUCGGCCCGUACGAGGGGCUCGCAGAUUUUCGAUCGUUGGCCGGGUCGGGGAGACUUUCAAAUGCCGCAUUGUCGCCUUACGGCCCGGGGGGAAUGCUCGGGAGGCUAAAUUCUCCGGCUAACGUCAACCUCCGUAAUCUCGCUCCUCCGCCGCUCGGCCAGCCGGGUCACGCUCAAAGCAUCUCAGCGCUCGGGAAAAUGCAUCCCGUCAUUCCCGCCGCGGGUCAGAAUCCGGGUUUAUUUCAAGGGAUCCCGUCGUCGCUGGAGCUCGAUCAGCUACACCAGAAGAAGUACUCGACGAGCGCGAUGAGUUUCAACGCUUUAGACGAGUCGAGGAUGUAUGGAGCGUCUUCGAACGCGUUUACGGACCCGGGAGUGGCGCUUGGCAGCACGAGCAAUAUACUCAGCGCCAUCCCCGGGAGCAAUCCGAUGAUGCUGCAGGGGAACUCGCCGCAAACGCUGAGCGACGGCGGGUUCGGGAGCCAAUCGUCGCACAACACGGCUUCUUUCAACUUGGAUUCCUUCAACGCUGGCGUCAAUAGCUCGUCGAAUUUGCUCGAUCCAGGCGCGAUUGAAUCUUCAAAACUUCAGCAGAAUCCGAUACUCUCAAGCGGGGAUCCUUUCCAGAAUCAGCUUCCGGUGAGCUCCGGGAGGGACGACGGUUUCUCGAUUACACCUUAUUAUUUAUCGAGCAACUCCAUUGACAUUUCUUUGGACUUGCAGUUCCAAGAAGGCUUAGUCGUCGGCGACGUGCAGAAUAUCCCGAACCAGAGGUGGGGCGGCGGCGGCGAGCAAGGCCCGAAUUACGGUCAUGGGUCGAAGAGUAAUUUUGCUUCCAUGAACGCUUGUGUUGCGGACAGCGGCGCGUCGUCGAUGACCCGGAACAUCGAACAAGAGAGCAGCGGGAUGUUCAACCAGAAAAUCGGGAUGUUUGUGAACGGAAGAUUAGGUGGAAGCAACGGGUUGAAUCUCGUCCAACCGAACGAGAAUGAGAAAAUGGCGAAUGAAACAAUCGCGAGAUCGAGCGACGCCUUAUUCAAUCAUCGUGGCGGCUACGGUUCGUUGGAUGAUAUGAUGAACGCGAUGAUCAAACGGGAGCGAGAAGAGCCGGUGCCGAAUUGCGACUACGGGUUCGACGAUUACGGCUUCGGCGCCGGGCUGUGAGGUUUCGAAGAAGGGAGACGAAGAGAGACAAGUUCCUCGUAAAACUUAGGCUGUGAAAACGAACCAUUCGAAUUCGUCGUGUUGUGUCUAUAUAUGUGAUGUGUUUUUAUUUCAUCUGAGAAUCUUUGGAUCUUCGUAGGUUUGUCUUAAUUUGUUGCUGUUCUCUUUUUUUUUUCUAUGUUUUUAUUUGCAACUGGAAUUGGCACUGUAGGAUUCUAAGAACAGUAAUGUGAAGUUCUGAACUGUUAGUUAAUGGAAUUGACCUAUGAAAUAAGCAUUCAAAUG